AAAAAAAAACGUAUGCUGUUCACUUGCUCUGGCUUUAUUCCCAACUAGGCAACUACCAUCCUUCAUGGUAGGUGGUGGAAAGUUUGAAUUCGAGUGUCCCAGACAUAGCCACGCUUCCCCCCUUCCUUCGAAAUGCUUUCUCACCGACAUUUGCUGAAUCUCACAGCGUGUCUGUUACAAAUUUCAGUAGCACACACAUGCCGAGUUAGCUAUAAAAUUAGUUGUGAACUUUGAAGCUAUUUGUUUGUGUUGCUGAACGGUGAAGAUGGGCGUUGUUUGCGGGAAUUCAGAACCGACGAUUGAGAUUAAAGAUCUGAAAUUCACGUACCCCGGCAUCGACGGUCACCCUCCGCCGGGCUCCGCUCCUCUCAUUCAGGACUUCUCUCUCUCACUCUCUUCCGGCGAUCGAUGCCUCCUUGUUGGAUCCAAUGGCGCUGGGAAGACGACGAUUCUCAAGAUAUUGGGAGGGAAGCACAUGGUCGAACCGGGAAUGGUUCGUGUGCUUGGAAGAUCGGCUUUUCAUGACACCAAUUUGACGUCCUCUGGUGAUCUCUGUUAUCUUGGUGGCGAGUGGAGGCGAGAUGUUGCUUUCGCGGGUUAUGAGGUUGCAAUACAAAUGGAUGUUUCUGCUGAAAAGAUGAUAUUUGGUGUGGCUGGGACUGAUCCUGAAAGAAGAGCAGAGCUAAUCAAGGUAUUGGAUAUAGAUCUCUCUUGGAGAUUGCAUAAAGUAUCUGAUGGUCAAAGAAGAAGAGUUCAAAUUUGUAUGGGUCUCCUCAAACCAUUCAAGGUUCUUCUACUCGAUGAGAUAACAGUCGACCUUGAUGUUCUAGCAAGAGCUGACCUUUUGAAGUUCCUAAGAAAGGAAUGUGAAGAGAGGGGUGCUACUAUUAUAUAUGCAACACAUAUAUUUGACGGUCUUGAGGAUUGGCCAACUAAUAUAGUUUAUGUAGCGCAUGGAAAGCUGCAAUUAGCCAUGCCUAUUGAUAAAGUCAAGGAAACUAGCAAACUGUCAUUAAUGAGAACAGUUGAAUCUUGGCUGAGGAAAGAACGCGAUGAAGAUAGAAGGAAAAGAAAAGAGAGGAAGGCAGCUGGUCUUCCUGAAUUUGAAAAGCAAGUUGAUGGAAGCCGCGUAGCAGGGGAUCCAGCUCGUGCUGCUGUUCGAGUAAUCAACAAUGGCUGGGCAGCAGGGCGAUUGACGUCUACGGUUGCUGGUGAGGAGAACUUUAUGCUCAGCUCAAACAGAGUAUUGAGGCAGUAGAUAACACUACAAAUUCUACUAGCUCUUUGCUCUAUAUCUAUGGGUUUUAUUUAGAUUUAUUUUAAUUUUUUUUUUCAAUGCUGUCAUGUAUAAUCCUUUGUAAUAGAGACACAGGUUGUCAGGUUAUACAAGAAAUAAAUUUCCCAUAUUAUGUUGUUUUCUUUUCCUCAGAUUUUGCAUUGAAGAGCUUAUGUUUUCAAUGG